AGCCGUUUUUGUGCCGCGAAAAAAAUGCAAAAAUCUCUGCAAAGUGAAGAAAUUACCGAGUGUUUCCGGUGUUAGUUAGUUUCUGUGCGUUUACCGAAUCGUUAAAGUUUAACCGGAACGUAUAGAAAGUCGUGUUUACAUCAAAAAACAUUCUUACGAUACGGUAUCCGUUAAAAAUGAAUGUAAGCUCCGGUUAAACUACGUGAAAACGCCGUUAAAUCGCGUCCUGACGCUUCUAAAAUACACUAAAACGAAGAUGAGAGUAUUUUAACACCAUUUAAACCGUUUUGUUGUGUUCGUUUCUGAAAUUAUCGGUUCAUAUUUAAACAUUUAGCGCGUUUCUGUUAACCGGGAACGGGCAUGCGCAGUGGGUAGCGGCAGGCAGAUGCGGAUAUAAGGAUUGGCGCCGGCGCCACAGCUGAUCCAUUCAUUCAUUCUUCACUGAGAAGCGGAGCCAUAAAUUCAGUCAACAUCAUGUCCAGACGCAGCGAUCGCAUCACACUGCAAGCCAGAGAUUCAAACACACCUGAGCCGACUGUGAGAGGCCCCCUGAGGAAAAGGAAGUCAGAGCCCUCCAAGAAGAAACUACAACCUGCCACCAAGAAACAAAGCUAUGAAAUACAGAAGUGUUGGUCGGAGGACGGAGCGAGUCCCUGCGUCCUCAUAGAAACUCCUCACAAAGAACUGGAGCCUGCAGACCCGUCGAGCUUCAAGCAGUACAGAUUCAAAAACCUCUUCAUCAAGGCCUCGCCCAUCCCUCGUCUCAGUUGGGCCAGUUCAGACGACGUUUGGAUCAAAAUGCUCAACAAGGAGCUGAAGUACGUUCAUGAUAAGAGUUACCUGCAGCGGCAUCCCAAACUGCAGCCCAAGAUGAGAGCCAUCCUGCUGGACUGGCUGCUGGAGGUGAGCGAGGUUUACAGCCUCCACCGGCAGACGGCCUACCUCGCUCAGGACUUCUUCGACCGCUUCAUGCUGACUCAGCAGAACGUCAACAAGGAUUACCUGCAGCUCAUCGGCAUCACCACGCUCUUCAUCGCCUCCAAGAUAGAGGAGAUUUAUCCUCCUAAAAUCUGUGAGUUCGCCUACGUGACGGACGGCGCCUGCGACAUGUGGGACAUCCAGUGCACCGAGCUGCACAUCCUGAAGGCGUUGGACUGGAAUCUGUGUCCAGAGACGCCGAUCUCCUGGUUGAAGCUUUACGUUCAGGUGGAGGCUCAGACGGACGGAGAGAACUUCCUGGUUCCACAGUUUCCUCAGGAAACCUACAUCCAGAUCACACAGCUGUUAGACGUGUGUAUGAUGGACAUCAACUCGUUGGACUACAGCUACAGCGUUCUCGCUGCAGCCGCCUUCUGCCACUUCUCCACCUUCGACGUCGUUCAUAAAGUCUCAGGUCUGACGUGGGAGAGCGUCGCUCCUUGUUUCCGGUGGAUGACUCCCUUCAUGGACACGCUGCGAUCUGAACCCAAACCUCAGCUCAAGAACUUCACCAAAGUCAAAGCCGACGACCGACACAACAUCCAGACACACGUGGCCUAUCUGGACCUGCUGAGAAAAGCUCACGAGCGUCGGAUCGACAGCCCCGACUGUCAGCUGUCGCCGGCCCCCGUGGGCGCCAUCCUGACUCCGCCCAACAGCACAGAGAAACCGGCCAAUCCCUGAGCAGCAGCAGCGGCGGCGGCGGCGGCGGCAGCAGCAGCAGAGCGGCGAGGCGCGCUACCUCUACACACCCGAAGUGACGGACGAACCUCUCGGAGCUCCGUCAGCUCCCGAACCGACGGCGCAGGAUUCUAGGAAACGCCACACUUCCUGUAGCAGAUGUUAUUGUUUUUAAACACUAAAUCUGAACUUUGAUUCCUUUCAGUCUAAAAAAAAAUGACAAAUAUGGAGAUUAUCAGGGAUCAAAGUUCUGUCAGGUAACCAGAUUGUUUUAACUAUUUUCUGUUUGUUUAACAGAUUUUAUUUUUUUUUGCCUAAAGUAGAGACUGGACUCUACUGAUGUGAAGUAGAGAAGAAACAGAAACAUUUCAUACCCGUCAGGUGUUAACUGGGAGUUUUACUGGUGCUUUUCUUAAAAAUUUGAAGCUCAAAAGGCUUUCAAAUGGUGCUUCAGUCAGAUUCUCAGGAACAUGGAAAUGAAGAAGAAUCAUUUUCUACAUUUUUAGUACAAACUCAUUCUGCUCUGAACUGAGGAACUUUAGUUUAGUUUUAUUAAUUUAAAACCCCUGAAUUGUGUGUAAAUGUGCGUAUUUACACUGGUUACGUUCCCCCCCACCCCCUCGAGAGGACCAAUGAUUUAUCUUCCACAGAUCGCGGCGGCGUUGUCGUGGUGAUAUGAGCCAUAAGAGUAAUCAGUCAGAACCUGCAGCUCAACGUUUGUGGCUCGAUAAUAUAAUUCUUAGUUUUAUUGUUACAUUCCUGAGAAACUUGACGUGUGUUUUGUAGGGAAACUGCCUACAAUUGUGUAAAGUUUGAUUUUUCAUUUAAGUGCUUGUAUUUAUUGAUAAGCCUUAGUAUGUACGUGUUCAUAUGUAUAAAAACAAAACAAAAGAAUCUUUCAGUGAUGAUUGAGCUCAGUUUGAUCACUGCCAAAGGCAAAAAGCUAUCUGUGAUUUUUUGCUGUGUGACACCUGUUUGAAUUACAGUUCCUUUAUUAAAUGUUGUACACUAGCUUGUCCUCUUCUUAGUGCCUUUUUUUUAAAUAAGCCAACAUGAACUGUACAGCUAUUUAAUUUAAGCUGGACGAGCCAAAAAGGCUGUUGAGAUGAAACAAACCUGUGACUGUAAAUCUGAAGUUUCCACAGCUGACGGAGACACUGCAGUGAACAAAAAGUGAACCAUGUAAAACUGUAUGUAGAUGCUGAAGAAUGUAUGUUUUUUUUGUAAAUAGAGCAAUUCAGAAAUGUGUAAUUUUCUUUUAUAUUGGAAUGUUUUAAAUAAACAAAGCAAAGUGA